CAACUGAUCUUAAGAACGGUCAUAUCUUAAGUUAAGGCGCUGAAGUACGUGGCUCCAAAGGUGGUCCCUUGCGUGCAUGAAAAAUAACUUUCUAAGGCUUUUCAACAGUAACGAUGGAGGCAUUAACAAUCAACGGCGGCGCCAUGACCGUGCGGAAGUUCAAGCCCGUCAUGGUCCAACCUGAGUCUGAGACCCCCGACGGUUUCUACUUCCUGUCGAGCCUCGACCAGGCGAUUCCCUUCACCAUGAUGACGAUCUAUCGCUACGAGAAAGGCAGCGGCAACGUCGGAGAGGUGCUCAAACAGGCUUUGUCCAAGGUUUUGGUCCUCUAUUAUCCACUGGCCGGCUCCAUGGCCAUAAGCUCGGAAGGGAGAUUCAUCGUGGAGUUGACGAAGAAGGGCGUGCCAUAUGUGGAGGCGGAGGCUAAUUGUAGCAUGGACAUGCUGGGCGAUGUCCGAGUUCCCGAUCUCGACGUCACAAACAAACUCAUUUACACCGAUCCAAAGGCCAAAACCAUACUCGAGACACCCUUACUAACUGCACAGGUGACGAAGUUCAAGUGCGGUCGAUUCACUCUGGGGGUUGGAAUCAGCCACAGCCUGGUCGACGGCGUUUCCGGGAUGAACUUUGUCAACUCGUGGGCCCAAAUAGCAAGAGGCAAGCCGGUGACCGCCGUCCCUUUCCACGACCGGACCCUGCUGAAGUCGCGGGUGCCGCCCCAGAUCAAGUACCCGUACGACGACUUCGUGCAGAUCGCCGACACCUCGGACACCGAGUCGCUGUACCAGCGGGACCCGCUGGUGCACAAGCUCUUCGUCUUCGACGCGGACAGGAUCGCGGCAACCAAGAAGCUGGCGCUGUCCGAGGGGAAGGUCCAGUUCGGAACGGAGGCGCUGCCCGAGAAUUAUUUCGGCAACGCCGUGGUCACGACCGCGAGCCUCUGCUCCGCGGGGGAGCUGUGCGAAAGGCCCAUCUUGUUCGCCGUCGAGCAGAUACAGAAGGCGGUGGAGCAGCUGGACGAGGAGUACGUGCGGUCGAGGAUGGACUUCGUGGACACGUACAAGCCACCGCUCUCGUCGGUGGGCACGCUGGUGAUCAGCUCCUGGACCCGGCUGGCCUACGGGAUGUCCGACUUCGGGUGGGGCGACCCGUCGUAG